AUGGAUAUCUCGGAUCAAAUCGGGAGAUCAUUAGAGAAGUAUACCCCCAUUUUACUCAAAAGGUUGAACGACACUAUGGAAGGAGCUAUGAACAAUCAUAUAGCUCAAAUGAUUCGAGAAGAGGUGGCAAUAAAUGUGCAACGAGAAUUCGAGAAACGGGAUAGAGAAGACAAAGGUAAAAACACUGAUGAUGAAAGAGAAGUAGAAGUGACGGGGGAGAAGGGUUACAAGAAAAAGUUCACUUUUAGGGAUUUCGAAGUAUGCCACCCGCCCGAGUAUCACGGUGACCGUGAUCCCAUAGUUUGCACAAGAUGGAUCUCGGAGAUUGAAGGAGCCUUCCGUACUAGCCAAUGUCCUUCACAUCUCAAGGUUGUAUUUGCAGUGGGCAUGCUCCGAAAUAGUGGGAAGAGAUGGUGGGACGGUUUGUUGGCAAUAAAGAAAGAAGCUUUGGAUCAUGUGGAGUGGCCCGAAUUCAAAACAAUGUUUUUCAAGGAAUUUAGGUCGGAGGCCGAAGUAACUAAAUUGAGAAGUGAAUUUCUCAAUGAUUGUCAAGGGAGUUUAAGCUUGAAUGAAUUUCGCUCUCAAUUCUUGGAUAAAGCACAGUUUUGUCCGGAAUUUCUUGAGAAUGAUCAAUUGCUAAAAGAGCAAUUUUACAUGAAAUUGAAGAAAAUCUUGAGGGAAAAGAUAAGCUUGCGUCAAAUGGAGUCUUUCUCUAUGUUAGCGGAUGUGGCUCGAGAUCAUGAGAUUGAGCAGACGCGAGUGGAUGAGGAUGUCACGGGAAGAAAGGUUGAGAGUACCGAUUCCCCAAACAAGAAACAUAAGCACGUUGGAAGUUCAAGCGGAGGAUUUGCAAAGAACGACAUUCCUUUUUGCCAUCAAUGCAAAAGGAACCAUUCAGGUGUGUGCAAGGCAUCAAUGAAGGGUUGUUAUAAUUGUGGACAACUGGGGCAUAUGAGUCGAGAUUGUAAGGCGGGGUCGGAGAAGCCGAUCAUGUGUUUUAAAUGUUUUGAAGGGGGACAUAUGAGGAGUUCUUGUCCAUUGCUAACUGGAGAGGAGAGGCAAGAAGAAAGGAGAAAAGAAGUGGAAAGAAGGAAUGCACGAGCUUAUGGAAAUCAACAAGGUAGGUCCUUCCAACUUACCGUAAAGUAA